AUGGCACCAAGAGCAGAUGCAGAUUUACAAAAAGCUUUGAAGAAAGCAUGCUCCAUUGAAGAAACAGCACCCAAGAGAAAGCACGUGAGAGCAUGUAUCGUAUACACUUGGGAAAACCAAACGGCAGGCCCCUUGUUUCAAACCUUGAAAAAUAUGCCCUUCAUGAAUGAUGAAGUACAAUUAUUCAAAGCAUUGAUUGUUCUACAUAAGAUCAUUCAAGAGGGUCAUCCAUCCGCCUUGAAACAAGCCAUUAAAGAAAGGGAAUGGAUUAGAUCCCUAGGAAGAGUCCACCCUGGAGGUGCCUCUUAUGGAAGAUUGAUUAGAGAAUACGUCAAUUAUUUGGUAUUGAAAUUGGAUUUCCAUGCUCAUCAUAAGGGUUUCAAUAAUGGGGUAUUCGAAUACGAAGAGUAUGUCUCUUUAAUCUCUGUUGCUGAUCCUGAUGAAGGGUAUGAAACUAUCUUGGAUUUAAUGGCUUUACAAGAUUCAUUAGAUGAUUUCUCACAGAUUGUGUUCGCGUCCAUCCAAUCUGAUAGAAGAAACGCAGAAUGUAAGAUUUCCUCUUUGUUACCAUUGAUCGCGGAAUCUUAUGGGAUUUAUAAAUUUAUUACCUCCAUGUUGAGAGCCAUGCAUAGACAAUUAAACGAUCAAGAAGGUGAUGAAGCAUUGAAACCACUGGAGGAACGUUAUGCAUUGCAACAUGCAAGAAUGUUUGAGUUUUAUGCAGAUUGUUCAUCUAUCAAAUAUUUGACUACACUUGUCACUAUACCUAAAUUACCAACUAAUCCACCAAAUUUAGCUGCAUCUAAUGAUGAUGAAAAUGGAAAUGGGAAAGAAAUCAAAUUUCAAAGAAUACAAAAAUCACCAUCUCCAGUAAAGAAAACAACAUCAAUGGAACCAUCUAGAUCACGUAGUAGUUCAUUUGCCCCACAGGCGCCAUUAUCAUCAUCAACUACUACAAAUACAAAUACAAAUACAAAUCCAAUGUUAUCAAGAAAUGCAAGUAGUGCAUUCAUGACUCCUAUGGCAACUGCUACCACUGCAGCUGCAAUGAUCCCUACAGCGACUGCUGCAGCACUGUUCGCUACACCAACGGGGGCUCAAAUUCAACCGGAUUUUUGGGCUACACAACAAGCUCAAUACGCUAACGAACAAGCUAGAUUGGAACAAGAACGUCAAUUACAAUUACAACAACAACAAGCUCAACAACAACAAUUUCAACAACAAUUACAACAAUCUCAAAAUGAAAUGAUGCAAUUACAAUUACAACAAGAAUCUAAACAUCAAAAUGAUUUAAUGGCAUUGACUACCCAGUAUGAAAAGGAUCAAACACUGUUAGAACAAUAUGAUCAAAGAGUUCAACAAUUAGAAAAUGAAAUUAGAACAAUGGAUCAAAACGUUUCCAAACAAAUUGCCAACAAGGAUGAUCAAUUAAUAUCAUUGCAAGAUCAAUUGACCGUUUGGGAGAAAAAAUAUGAUUCAUUGGCAAAAUUAUAUUCUCAAUUACGUCAAGAACAUUUACAAUUAUUACCCAAAUUUAAAAAAUUACAAGUGAAAGUAAACAGUGCUCAAGAAUCUAUUGCUCAAAAGGAACAAUUGGAACAAAAAUUGAAAAAAAAGGAUUUACAACUGAUAGAUCUUACAAAGGAACGUGACAGAGCAAGAUUAGAACUUGAAAGAACCAAAAAUGAAAAAUCAACAAUGGAUCCAUCUAUCGUUAAUAAAGUUAAUGAAGAUAGAUUGAUUCCAAUCUUAGAUGCGGUAUUGGAAACUGGAAUUAAUACAAUUCAAGAGGCAAUUUAUAGUUUGGAUUCACAAGUUAGUUGGUUAGGUCCAUUAACUGCUCCAAACAUAUUAUUAUCAUAUGUUGAAGAUACUUCAGAAAAGGCUACAUCAUUCGCAACAAGUUUUAAUGAUCUAAUCGUAGAUGGUGUUGUGGAAGGUGAUCAAAUAUCUGUCAUUCUUGGUGUAAAUGAUUUCAGUACGGCAAUGGCAAAUCUUGUGACAAAUUGUAAGGCAUUCUCAGAAAAUUCAUUAACUUUAGAGAAAAGUGAAGAAAUGAUUAAUGCAGUCAAGAGAUGCGCUCGUGAAGCUCAAUAUUUCUUUGAAGAUUUAACUUCAGAAAAUUUAGGACCACAAGAUGACGAAACGAAAACUGACACGGUAAUCAAUGCAAACGUGGAUGUACAGGAAAAAUUACAAGAAUUAACAGUGAUCAUGGAACCAUAUUUGAACGCCCCAUCGAUGAAUACAUCAAAUAAUGCACAUCAUGAAUUAAUCUCCACUGCUGAAACAAUCACAAAAUCAUCGCAACAAUUACGUGCUGAUAUCGACGUCAAUGUUCCUAAACCAUUACUUUCAUUAGCUUUAGCCAUCAUUGAUUCCGUCCUUGGAUUAAUUCAAGCUGCCAUAGCUUGCCAAAAUGAAAUCGGUUCUAAUUCCACCACGCAAUUAAACCAAUUUUAUAAGAAGAAUAGUAGAUGGACAGAAGGUUUAAUCUCAGCAGCAAAGGCUGUUGGAGCCACUACAAAUAUGCUGAUUACAACAGCAGGGAAACUCACUAGCGGUGAAGGUGGUGAAGCAUCUCCUGAAGAAUUUAUAGUCGCAUCUAAAGAAGUAGCUGCAUCAACAGUACAAUUAGUAGCUGCAUCGAGGGUUAAGACACACGCUCAUUCCAAGGCACAAGUCAAAUUAGAAGAUUGUUCGAAGGACGUCGGUAAUGCAUGUAAGUCAUUAGUAAGUCACGUUAUGAAGGGAGUAGAUGAUACCUUUAGUAAGGAAAUGAAACCAAUCGAUUUCACAUCUGAACAUACGGUGAAGACAGCAGAAAUGGAGCAACAAGUCGACAUAUUGAGAUUAGAGCAAUCUCUUUCUGCUGCUAGGAAAAGGUUGGGUGAAAUUAGAAAGCAUGCCUAUUAUAAUUCAGACGAUUUCCAAUGA